GAGGCGAAUAGAAGGACUGCAAAGGACAGUGGACUCCUAUAAAAAGGAACUCAAAAAGGUUACGGAAGAUUGCAAUUUCGGUGACAUCACCUACAUCAGAGAGCAAGCAAAACAAAAAGAUCUGGCGGCUGUCUUUCUAUGGGACCAAAUUACAAAUUUUCAGCGGAAGAAUCCAACGUGGACAGAAGAUGUCGUGAGACAUUGCAUAGUGCUUCGACAUCUGUCAAGCAAAGCUUACGAGCAUGCUAGACAGGAACAUCUACUUAAAUUACCCAGCAGAAACACACUGCAAAAUUUCAUUGGUAGCAGUUGUGGAGAAGCCGGCUUCAAUGACUUGAUAAAAGCACGAUUGAAGGCAGAAAGUGACAAGCUCGAAGCACCACAGUCCAGGGUUUGCUCUCUUAUAGUUGACGAGAUGAGGAUUAAGCCAAAGCUGCAGUAUAAUAAGCAGCGAGACUGCUUUGUUGGCCAAGUAGACAUGGGAAUAGCCAAUGAUCUGAGUCCAAGUGAGCCCGUGCUGGCAAAUUCCUUGCUUUGUUUUUUGAUCAAUGGACUCUCCACAGCAUACAGAAUACCAGUUUCUUAUUUUUUUACCAAAGGGUUGAAUGGCCUCCAGCUGUCAGAAUUGGUUCGCUAUGUUAUGAGGAAGGUUGAAGACACAGGUUUCAAAGUUGUCCGUUUGGUCACUGACAACCACAAGGUUAAUGUGAGUGCAAUGAGAGACUUGUGUGGUGGUUUUUUAACAUACAGAAUUGAACAUCCAAAUGAUACUGACAGGCUUCUGUUUUUAAGCUUUGAUUAUUGUCACGUGUUGAAGAACAUAAGGUCUCAGUUUUUGACAAGAGAUUUUGGGAAGAAUGGUGAAAUUUCAUCAUUUUAUUUAAAGAAGCUCUACGAGAUGCAAAAGGCAUGGAUAGUAAAGCCUGUGAGAAAUUUGAGCAGGAAACACGUGUUUCCUAGCAAUAUUGAAAAGAUGAAUGUGAAGCGAGCUGUUGAAGUGCUGGCUCCAGAUGUGACGUCGGCACUUGAAUUCCUGAAGGAGCAAGCAGGUCACAGCUGCCACCCUCACUUCGCUGCUGCAGGGCCAUCAAUUUUAUUUAUGAAGAACAUUUACCGAUGGUUUCUUCUACACGACAACAGCAACAGACAGCAGUACAUUCACCAGAACUGCCCUGAUAUUAGGCACUAUGAUGAUGCUUAUGAUAGUCGUCUUGAAUGGUUGGAGGUGACUUUGCCAUUGUAUAUCGAGGAGCUCAAGAAAAAUUCUACUUCGCCCCGUGGGUUCCUAACAAAAGAAACUUGCGAAGCAUUGCUCCUCACCACAUACUCCACUGUAGCAUGCAUACGCUACUUGCUUAAAUCAGAGGAUUUCUGCUUUGUGCUUACACGAAAGUUCAGCAGUGACCCUAUUGAGUCAUUGUUUGGGACAUUGAGAAGGUCACUUGGGUGCAAUGACCAAUUGGAUGUACGUUCAGCCAUUUCAGGGCUAGAAAAACUCCUCAAGACUGGAAUUGCUACUCAUUCACAGAACAGCAAUGUUUUGCACAAGCAAGAGCCUGGUCAUGUCGACGCUCUGUCAGCUCCAGUAGCCACACUACCAGCCGCACUACCCGUGCACUGUUCGGUGUUAUGACCUGUUGCUCUAAAAGAGCUGGACCGCUUGAAGCGAAAUGCAGUGCCCACCUAUCCGAACCUACAAGUGUCUGCGACUGUCUACGUUGGUGGCUAUAUAGCCCGUGUGGUCAGAGAGCACGUGGAGUGCCAGGACUGUUGCUCUCUGAUGACAAAGCCUCUCACUGGCCAACCUCUCCAGCAAUUCACAAGACAUCAGGACAGAGGUGGGCUUUUGUAUCCGUCUGAUGAAGUAUUAUAUGUUCUCGAGGGGCUGAGAAUGUUCGUGCAUAUUGCCUUGCGGGAACAUCCAACAUUGGACAAGCCCUUGAAGACUCUGCUGAAUGUGGCAGUACCGGCAGUAAUUAAGUCAGGCCUUCUACAGUGCAGGACCACUGACAGCCAGCACCACAAGGACUUAGUUGAGUUUGUGUGUUUUAAAUUUAUCAAACCACUGCUUGUGAAUUAUGCUAGUGCAGCCACCGACAAGAAUGACAUCUACAAGGGUUUUUCUUCGAAACCGCUAAAUAGAAAAUAUGUUAAAUUGUAAAGAAGCCCUUGGGAUUUUGUACAUCUGAACUGUAUGCAUUGUCCAACAAAGCGCUUGCAAUAAAAUAUUUGCUCGCAUCUUGGUUAUUCAAGGCAUGCGGCGCUUUUUCUUGGUCCUUAAAUAUUUGUUUCUAUUUUUCCUGGCCGCCAAGGCACACGGACGUGGUAGAAGGUGCAAACUUUCCUGGGUAUGAAUACUCACGUCGGCCACAGCGCUCAUCUGAUGCAAAAGAACUGGGGAAAACUUGUCUGAAAGUCAUAAAGAAUAGUAUGCUACUAACGUGUGCCGAGGCCUGAAGGACGGCUCACUAUAAGAAUAUUCCAGCUUAAAUAGAGCAGCCUCGCAAGCAGUUCUUGGCAAGAUAUAUCUGUAAGAACGCUUGCCGACAUCCGUAUUUUCUGCACUUUACUACGAUAACCAAUGGCGUACUAUGCGCUGCAACAGCAAUGAACAAACUCGCGUUUUUUUUUUUUUUUCAUGCUACGUACAAAGCGCAAUCCGCAUUGACGCUAAGUUCGAGCGUUGCAAGCGCGCUCGAACUUUCACAGACUGCAUUCGA